ACUCUUCUGUCUCUCGCACACACACACACACACACUCUCUCUCUCUCUCUCAAUUCUUUCUCCUCCUUCCAUUAAUACAUCAAAACUUUCUUCUCCAACCUCUCCAACCUUCUUCCAUUGACCUUUGGGCACUGUCGUUCGUUGUAGUUGCCAUUUUAUUAACAAUCUUCUAAUCGGUGCCUUCUUGAACUGCUUCUCACUCACUUUGGAGCAUUCACCAAACCUUUUUACACUUGUAACCAUUUUUCCCUUUACCUCAAUCGAUUUCUAUUGACCGUCAACUUUCGUAUCUCUCCAAAACUUCGAAACCAAUUCUCAAUUCCACAGAAUCAAAGUCAAAAUGAAGACUUUCAACACAAUCGCUACUUUGGCCGCUGCUGGCUCUGCUUUGGCUGCCCCAUCUCCAGUUGAGAAUUUGGCACCAAGAGCGUCAUCUUCAUCUCUUACUGCCAUCACAACCAAGGGAAAUGCUUUCUUCGCUGGUAACGACCGAUUCUAUAUCCGUGGAGUCGAUUAUCAACCAGGAGGCUCUUCCAAAAUCAUCGAUCCUAUUGCCGACAAGACCACUUGCACUCGUGAUAUUGCAAAGUUCAAGGAGCUCGGUAUCAACACUGUUCGUGUUUACUCCGUUGACAACACUGCCAACCACGAUGACUGCAUGACCGCAUUGGCAGAUGCAGGAAUUUAUUUGGUGCUCGAUGUCAACACACCAUUGUACUCCCUUAACCGUGCUACCCCAGCUCCUUCCUACAACUCCGUUUACCUUCAAAACAUCUUUGCCACCAUCGAUGCUUUUGCCAACUACACCAACACCUUGGCUUUCUUCUCAGGAAAUGAGGUUAUCAACGAUGAUACCACCACCAGUGCUGCCCCAUACGUCAAGGCUGUUACCCGUGAUAUGAGACAAUACAUCGGAAGCCGUGGAUACCGUCCGAUCCCAGUCGGUUACUCUGCUGCUGAUGUUGAUUCUAACAGAUUGGAGAUGGCUCAAUACAUGAACUGCGGUACCGAUGAUGAGCGUAGUGAUUUCUUCGCCUUCAACGAUUACUCUUGGUGUGAUCCAUCUUCAUUUACAACCUCUGGUUGGGAUCAAAAGGUCAAGAACUUCACUGGCUAUGGACUUCCUAUUUUCCUUUCCGAGUAUGGUUGCAACACCAACACCCGUGCAUUCGAAGAAGUCAAGUCUCUCUACGGCACUGAUAUGACUGCUGUCUACUCUGGUGGUCUCGUUUAUGAAUACUCUGAGGAAGGAUCCAAGUACGGUCUCGUAAAGAUUGAUGGCGGUUCUGUCACGAAUAAAGAUGAUUUCACCGCUCUCAAGUCUGCUUUCGCCGGAACCGCUAACCCCACUGGAGAUGGUGGAUACAGCUCUACCAACAAGGCUUCUGACUGCCCCGCUCAAUCAUCUACCUGGAACGUUACCUCUAAUGCUCUCCCAGCUAUUCCAUCUGGUGCCGCUGAACUCAUGACCAAGGGUGCUGGUAAGGGUGCUGGUUUGACUGGUGCUGGAUCUCAAAACGCUGGAGGAACCUCUACCGGAACUGCCUCUGCUGGAUCUGGAUCAGUUACCGCUGUUGCAACUGGUUCAUCUAGCACUGCUACUGGUACUAAUAAAGCCAGUGCUGGAAACUCAUUGAGCCCAAUGGACAAGACCCCAAUGAUCCUUGGUGGAUUGAUUGCUAGUUUGACAUUUGUUGGUGCCGCACUUUUGUAGAUUUAAGGUGGUGUGUAUAAUUUAAUGGUUGGGAUGAAUGCAUAAGAUUAAGGUGAAGAUGGAUUGGAUUGUAUGUUUCGAAUCAGAAAUUAGGACUUUGGAGAAGUUGAUAAAUUGGGAAGUUAACACAUGGACAGUGGUAGUAUGAUACCUUUAUUCUUCUACUGAUGGAUGGGACAAAAGAAUAUAAAACAAAUUCUAAACAAAACACUUUACGUUUCCUUUGUUUUUGGGUUUUUGGGUUCUUGGGUUGUGUUCGUGAUUUUUAAUUGUUCUGUAUUGUACAGUAAUAUAUUUACUUUUUUUGAAUCUUGAAUUUUGAAAGAUUUAUUUUGAAUUAAUGAAUGAAUAA